AUGCCACCUAAGCAGAAACAUAGUGACCACCUUGAAGAGUUGCUUAAACAAGCAGCUCUCCGACGACACCAAUGCUUCAGCCAGGCAACCCCGGAAGGUAUAAAGGAAGCUGAGAAUCAUUCUAUGGACUCACAGGGCACCACAAUCCCGGCGACCGAUGAGGAGGCCAAGGCGCAUGUCAUGCGAAGCCUCCAAGAGCUUCGCGAGCUGGAGAAGGCGCAGCUUGAAGCGAGGCCGCCAGCGCUGCACUCGUCUUUGAGCGAACGUACCUUGGUGCUUGGCGAGACUGAGGAGACCAUCGAGCCGACCCAAAGGACCGAUCCACCGAGUGAAGGGCUUCUUCAAACCUAUCGGGACUACCUCAACGACUUUCCACAGCUAGUGGCAACAUUUGGCAAAGAGCGUGCAAAUGCCAUUCAAAUGGAAAGGGAGGCAGCUGUGGCCCAACACCUUGGGCCAGCUAGUGCGGCUGUGCUAGCAACUUUGGCGAGUGAACAAAUGAAAACGAAAGGCCAGGCUUCAGCGAAAGCAAAAGCAAAAGCAAAAGCUAAGGCUAAAGGAAAGCCUGAACCAAAAGCAAAACCAAAGACAAGGAAGGAUGCAGCGAAGAGGAAUGAAGAUGAUGCUGAAGGGAAAGCCAGCAAGAAGCGUAAGAAGAAUGCCGAUGACAAGGAGAACACACCACCUGAUGACAAGGAUAUCAAAUCACCUGAUGGUGAUCAGAAGAAACCUGAAAAGAAGGCAGAUGUGCCCUGUGUCAUCCUAUCGCCUGAGGUCAAGAGCGGAAAGGAUGCAGCCUCCCCACCUUCAUCUUUGUCCAGCCCAACUGAUGCCAGUUCGUUGCACCGCCUUUGCACACAUGAGAGUUUGGGUGGCCUACUCAACAGAAAAGACACCAUGGUGGAGGAUUCAGAAUGCCUUGACAUCGAUAAGCUCCACGAGAUUGCGAAAACCGAGGAUGAAGCCCGAGGUGAGGAUGCAGAGGAGCCAAAGAAGCGAAUCCGAAACAAAGCAAUGCACAAUCGAAGGAUGCGCUUCUAUAGAAGCCUCUGCAGCCCAAAUUCACCUGAAGAAGUUCGAUUCCUGGCAGAGAAAGCUCGAAAUGGAUCGAGAUCUGACAAGACCUGCAAGCUGCACCUGCUCUAUGAGCAGUGGUGCAGUGCUUCAGAGAAGUGGGAACGAUCUUCUUUGGUUUUGCGCAUGAAGAAGAGCGUGUUGACGCGCUCCCGGGGGGCCCGGCGGUGGAUGACAAAGAAAGAGAUCUGCAGCAAGUACAACGAAGAAGUCGCGGAGGAAAUCAUAGCUUCAAAGUUCAAAGAAGAUAUGGAGAACAUCUUGUGGAAGAAGCACCCAGAGCUCCCAGAGAGGAAGGAACUAUACUUGUAUUUGUGCUGGGACGAAAGCACAGAAGAGGAUGUGGUGGACGACUUAGUGGAGACUAUGUUCGAAGGCUAUGAUGAAGAUCGGAAACGAAAGCAGAAGGAAGAGAAGACAAGCAAGAAGAAGGAUAAGAAGAGCAGGAAGCACCAGUCUUCGACAAGUGAGACCAAUGACUCAAGUGAUGAGAGCUCGGCAAGUUCUUCGGACAAGAACUCUUCAGAUGAUGAUGAGAGUUCGUCUUCAAGCAAAAAGAAGAAGAAGGGCAAGAAGAACAAGAAGUCGAAAAAGAACCAGAAGCACAAGAAAGACAAGAAUGCCAAAAAGAACAAGAAAUGCAAGAAAUCGAAGAAGGCCAAGUCGACCAAGCCGAAGGGCAGUAAGAGGGAGAGUGCAAGUGGAAAAGAUGGCAAGGAUGAUAAGGAGAAGGAAAAGGAUAAACAAAAGGAAGAGGAGAAGAGGAAGAGAGAAGAGCAGCGGAAUGCAGACCGGAAGUUGGAGAAGGAAAAGCAAGAGAAGCGGAGUAAAGCAAAGAAGGCUCUCAAUGAUGUCAUGACAGCCCUUGCGGAUAUCGCCCGGCGAGAGCAAAAGACUAAAGAUAUGUCCGAGAAUCUCAAAGCGGCUGUCAUCGAGUCCUUGGACGGGCACAAGUCGGAGCUGAAGCGGAUGAGUUCCCGUAUCUCUGAAGUCCUUGCUAAUGAUGAGGUGUCGAAGAUGGAUGAGGUGGCUGAUGAUGCCAAUACAAAACUGAAGUCUUGGAAGACUUGCAAAAGUCUCAUGUGA